AGUUUCAAAAAACGGUUUGGAAUGUUCAGCGGCGCUGUCAGCGCCCCUUUGUGUCUAGUUCAAACUUCAAACGCUUGCGGUUUCCUCCAUCCCUCGCUUCAUCAGGCAGCUUCUUUUGCCACGGUUAUAAUAGACUUUAUAACGUUCGUUCUCUUGCCGGAUCCGCUUGAAUAACAGAGAAAACUGAUUCCUUCGGGACAGCGGCGCUCGUAGAACAGGUGGAAAGCAGAAAACGGCCCCAAGGAGAGCCGGCAGGAUGUCGCCAAGAAGGACAAGGAGAGGUACUAUAAGGGAAAGUAGUGUCAUUGACAUAUCCGUUGACACUAGUACUAAGUCAGCUAAUAAAUCAGUUCGAAGUACAAGACGAACUAGAAAAAAUCAAAAUGCUAAGGGCUCGGAUGAAGAGAAUGAUAAUCCCAGGGAGGUGAAUAAUUUAACAGAUAAUGUUACUGCUACUAGUUUUUCAAAUGACAGUACAUUAAGUACAAGGAAACAAAGAAGGAAAGUCCAAGAGUCGGUAUUAAGUCAAGGUAUUUCUUUGUCAGUGACUUUAGAUGAAUCCAAACAGAAAAAAAGUAAUUUGAAAACCCCCAAUGCCAAGACACAGUCUAAAAGCAGUAAAUCUGCAAAGAAAGAAGGUGAUUCUCUUAUAAGUGAGGAUGAAUCUUUCAACACUAAAAGCCAAAAGGACAAAAAGAGAGUAUUUUAUGCAAUGGACAAUUUGAUAAGUGAAGAUGAAAGUGUAUCGCAAGCAUCAUCUAGCAAACAAGCAAAAUCAAGCAAUCGUAGGUCCAAGACACCAAAUAAACCAUCACCAUCUAAAAAGUCAAUUACUGUCAAGUCUACAGGCGGCAAUGUCACUCCAAAAAGCAGUCCUAUAAAUGUUUCAUUCACACCACAUCGGUCAACAAAAACACCGAAAAAGUCUCCUAUAAAUUUGGGAUCUCCCAAGACCCUACCACGCAGUUCUCUGAAACUUCUUAAUGUACAAAGAAAGUUGUCUAUUACAGAUUCACCACCUUCUUCAGAAAAUUCUUACAAUCUAGUUGAACCACAAGAUUCUGCCUCUCCUGCCAACAAGUCUGCAGAGAAUACCAGCAUGUCUGACAAAAAGUCAAAAUCAACCAAAAUCAAAUCUAAUUCUCCUACGUUGAAAAUAAGACCAAGAUUUUCAAAGUCUCCAAAAAUCGUUCUUAAAACUCUGAAAGCAAAAUCCAAUAAAUCACCGAAAAAGUCGCUGAAGGUUUCACCGACAAAAUCUGAAAAAUCGCCAGCAAAAUCUGUAAAGUCACCAGCAAAGUUGUCGACAUCACCAAAGAAAGUUGAGAAAUCUCCAACAAAAGCUGUUAAAUCAACAACAGAUACAUCUUUUAAAGUCGAUGAUACAUCAAAAGAUCUUUCUACAGUAAAAACUAAAUUGCCAAAAUCUGAAUCUCCACAAAAAUUUGAUAAAACUCCUAAAGCUGAUUCAUCUUUCAAAUCUCAAAAGUCAUCAUCAGAAAAAUUAUUUAGGUCACUUCUUAAAGUUCCUUCAUCAACGGAAUCACGCAAAUCGUUUUUAAAUACAUCAUUAAAAUCUAAAACAUCAUCUCUCAGUACAUCAUUUAAAUCCAAAAAAUCGCCACUUCUAAACUUGAGUUCAAAGAAGAUGCCGAAGAUUGUUUUGAAUUUAAAGUCUAAUAAAUCACCAUUGAAAUCAUCUAAAAGUAUAUCACCAUCAAAAGCGAAAAAAUCACCCGUAAAAACACCUAAGCUUAAAUCAUCAAUGAAAAUGAAAAAAUCUCCUAAAAGUGUUUCACCAACAAAGAAACCAAGUACAAAUUUGAUUUUAAACAAAAGCAUAUCCCAGGAUACAUCAUUAAGUCCAAGAGUAGUUAUAAGUAAGCUUACAUCACACACUUCUACACCCGGAAUCAAAAGUUCUGUAUUAAAUAUUACAGGAAAACAGCCUAGUAUAAAUUUAAUUCCAAUAGAUCAUAAUAAUCAACCAUCUAUACUUCCUGUUAAAAGCCCCAAGUCACCAAAAUCUUUGGCAAAGCGAUCUACAAUCAAAUCUGCAACUCCUGCGAAAACUGUUAGAACUUCAAUGAGUGCCGCCAAAAAAGUGAAUGCAAUUAAUACACCAUCUCAUGUUAUGGAAAAAAAACUCUUGAAUAUGCGACCAGCAAAAACUUCAACACCUAGAGACAGAAAUAUGAAACGUACUCUAACUUUAGCUUCCAAUAAAAAAAUUACAUCACCUAAACAGGUUAGCAAGUCUAUAAUUCUGAAUGGUUCACCUAAUUCAAAAUCAAAAGUUAUCAAACGCUUAAAUAAUACAUCAAUUCAAGCAGAUAAUCCAUUAUUGGAAGAUGAAUCAGAACCUUCAUUAAAUGGUUCUUCACUAAUUCAUAUGAGUGAUGUUUUUGACUCUGAUAAUUCAAAAAAUAAUAGUACAUUUUCAAUUGACAAAAGUGAUUUAGGUAUAUCACGUAAAAGGAAAUCUAUAAACAGCCCAAACAUUUCUCAAAAAGGUAAUAAAAGUAAUACAUUUGAAGUGAAAAAGAACGCUUCUAAUGAAUCAAUUAAAGAGAUAUCAAAAAAAGAUAAUACGUAUGAACUUGAACAUCCCAAAACUCCUGCUCUACAGAAGAGAGCCAAAAAACGGACACUAGAUGAAGCUGAAUUAGGUAUAACAGAAGAGCAAGAAUCUAAGAAAAGUUGUAGAGUUACUUUUGCCAGUCCUAAUUUGGGAAAUAAAGUUCGAUCAACUGGUAUUACCAGGAUGGGCACACCAGGUCAUGCCAUUCAGCAAAAAAAGUCACCAGUAUCAGUGAACAAAAACAAGACUCCUGUGAGGAAAGUAGAAGCUAAAAGAAGACUAAGUUCAGUGAUGAAAUCACAUUCAAAAACAGUUGCAAGUACUGUGGAAAAAAGAUUGUCACAAAUUGCUUCAGUUAAUCGUCUUAGCAGACCAAGGGGGAUUACAGAUUCAGAGAAAAAAGUAGCAAAAACUCCAGUAGCUACAAAAAUUCCUAAUUUUAAAGAGAUUCAUCAGAAAAACUUUGCUAAAAUGGAAUCAUUGGUUGAUUUAAAAAAGCGUGUUGAACAGCGACAUGAAGUUUUAAAUACAGCAACGUCUAGUAUAAAAAAGAAGAAACCAGUGGAAAGUGUAAAGCCACUUCCUCUUGAUUCAACAAAUGGUGCUUAUAGUAGAUUUGGAUUUAAGCUGAGAAAGAAUGAGGCUGUUGAUAUAAUUUCCAAGAAACAGACUGGUGGUGUAGAAUCAAGGGAGAAAAAACGAGAAAAUGCCAGAAGUGCUUUGAAAGGUGUACGAAUGAACAGGCGGUUUGAAUUACAGAUGAAAUCGCGCAUGAAGAACACGUAACAAGAACUGAUCUAUAUUUUUAUUUUAUUUUUUUUACUAUGUAAAUACAAAAAACUAUUUACAAUUUUUCGUACUUCUAUUAUUGAAGACUUUAAAAUUUUUGACUUGAAAACUAAGAUAUUACCAAUAUAAGGUAGCUUUUUUUGGGAACAAUCAAAUUGUGCUAAUCAUUUAAUUUUAGAUACAAUGUUUUUAGUUUUUUAGUAAGAUGAACUUGUGCGUAAUAAGUGACUUUGAACAUUAUAAGAUUUUUUUAAAAUUGAUUUUUCUUUCGACGUGGCAGAAUCCUAGAGUGAUUUAUAUACAUACUUUACGCAUUAGUCUUAGAUGUAAAAAAUAAAUAAGUUUACUUUGUAUCUGUUGAUAGAUUGACUAAGAAUUGUAACAUGUAAGAAAGUGCAUUAUAUUCUUAUCUCAGUAGCACAGUAAAAUACUUGUGUACUUGCAUGGGAAGUACAAUUUUGUUUUUUAUAAAAAGUUGAUAGAAAAUUGAAAAAAUAUAAUGCUCCUGAAUUGGUCAAACUAUUUUGUGGUAUAAAUAAAGCCAAUUUUAAGAACUCUAUCAGUUAAAAGUUGAGGCUGACUGUACAUAAAUUUAACAGAAACAGAUUACUGCAAUAAAGCAUAAAUUGUCAAUCAGAAAUAUAA